AUGUCCGGCCCCGUCGCUGAUUUGGGCCUCAUCGGCCUUGCUGUCAUGGGACAGAACCUCAUCAUGAACAUGGCCGACCACGGCUUCACCAUCUGCGCGUUCAACCGAACUGUCUCCAAGGUCGACCGAUUCUUGGAAAAUGAGGCCAAGGGCAAAUCAAUCGUUGGUGCCCACAGUGUCGAGGAGUUUGUAAGCAAGCUCAAGUCUCCUCGCCGUGUCAUGCUGCUCGUUCAGGCCGGCCAGGCUGUCGAUGACUGGAUUGAGAAGCUUCUCCCCCUCCUCUCAAAGGGCGACAUCAUCAUUGAUGGUGGCAACUCUCACUUCCCUGACUCCAACCGCCGCACCAAGUACCUGGCUAGCAAGGGCCUCCGAUUCGUCGGAUCCGGUGUUUCCGGUGGUGAGGAGGGCGCCCGAUACGGUCCCUCUCUGAUGCCUGGUGGUGACGAGGAGGCGUGGCCUCACAUCAAGGACAUCUUCCAGGGCAUCGCUGCCAAGAGUGAUGGCGAACCCUGCUGUGAAUGGGUCGGAGACGAGGGUGCUGGUCACUACGUCAAGAUGGUCCACAACGGUAUCGAGUAUGGUGACAUGCAACUGAUUUGCGAGGCCUACGACAUCAUGAAGCGUGGUCUUGGCCUUUCCAACAAGGAGAUGGGUGAUGUCUUCGCAAAGUGGAACAAGGGUGUUUUGGACUCUUUCCUGAUCGAGAUUACCCGUGACAUCAUGUACUUCAAUGAUGACGAUGGCAAGCCUCUUGUUGAGAAGAUUCUUGACCAAGCCGGCCAGAAGGGUACUGGCAAGUGGACUGCGGUCAAUGCCUUGGAUUUGGGCAUGCCCGUCACUUUGAUUGCUGAGGCUGUCUUGGCUCGUUGUCUGUCUGCCAUCAAGCCAGAGCGUGUCGAGGCUUCCACCAAGCUGCAGUAUGUCUCGCGCAGCAGCGGCAAGUUUGAAGGCAACAAGGAGCAAUUCCUUGAAGACCUCGAGCAGGCUCUGUAUGCUUCCAAGAUUAUUUCUUAUGCCCAGGGCUUCAUGCUGAUGCAGGAGGCCGCCAGAGACUUUGGCUGGAAGCUCAACAAGCCUUCCAUUGCUCUCAUGUGGCGUGGUGGCUGCAUCAUCCGCUCCGUCUUCUUGAAGGACAUCACUGCCGCUUACCGCAAGAAUCCUGAACUUAAAAACCUACUCUUUGACGACUUCUUCAACAAGGCCAUCCAUAAGGCCCAGCCCGGCUGGAGAGAUGUUGUUUCCCAAGCCGCUGAGCUUGGUAUCCCUACUCCUGCCUUCUCCACUGCCCUGUCGUGGUUCGACGGUUACCGCACCAAGGACCUGCCUGCCAACCUCCUCCAGGCUCAGCGCGACUACUUCGGUGCUCACACUUUCCGUGUCAAGCCUGAAGCCGCCAAUGACAAGUACCGCACUGGCGAGGACGUUCACGUCAACUGGACCGGCCGUGGCGGCAACGUCUCUGCCUCCACCUACCAGGCGUAA